AUGCGCCUCAUUGAGGCAGUGAAGCAUAGCCGCUGUUUGUAUGACUCCACCGAUCGACAGUAUCGCAGUACCGAGUAUAAGAUAAAGGUGUGGAAUCGUCUUGUACAAGUACUUGGCUUUGAUGGAGAUUCAAGAACAUUGUAUGCUAGGUGGAAGCAACUCCGCGAUAAGUAUGGGAAAGAGAAACGAAAAGUAAAAUACCAGGGCGACCAAUCUACUUGGCAGUACUACAAACAUUUAUCUUUCCUGGAUCCUCAUAUGAUAGACAGACAGUCUGUAGAAUCUCCCGCUAGAAAAGAACACCCCGAUGUACAAGUAACAGUAACUGAUCCAUCUUUUGGCACUAAUUUGAUCGAAGAAGUUCGCUCUCAUCCUUGUCUUUUCGACAUUCGCGAUCCCAAGUAUAGGCAUUCUGAAUGUCGCAAUCAAGCAUGGAACAGCGUCAUUGCUCAUUUGAAUUAUCCAGGUACGUAUUGGAGAAUUCCUAACUUCGACUGAAA